AUGAUUGCAAUAUUCCAUGAUCUGAUUGGGCAUAUGCUAGAGGUUUAUAUUGAUGAUAUCGUUGUGAAAUCGGAUUUCAUGAAAGAUCAUGUGGCUGAUUUGAGAAAGGCAUUCGAAUGGUGGAUUGGAAAGUGGACAAUAGCAAUAUCAGAAUUUGCAUUUAAGUACGUGUCCCAAAAAACAGUAAAAGGACAAGCUUUGGCAGACUUUCUAGCCGAUCAUCUGUGUUUGGAGGUGAAAGAUGAAAUGGAUCCAAUAGAAAUAGCUUCAAUUUCCCUUACAUCUUGGAAACUGAGUUUUGACAAAUCAAGGACGCAAACUUUAGCAGGGGUGGGAAUAGGACGAAAGACUCAAUUUUCAUUCCAACUCACCUUUGAAUGUUUAAAUAAUCAGCCUGAGUAUGAAGCUUCAAUCAUCGGCUUGGAAAUUUUGAAAGAACUGAGAGUGUGUACAAUUGAAAUAAUUGGCGACUCGAUACUGGCCUUGAAACAUUUGACGGGUGAAUAUAAUUGUCAUAGUUUGGCUUUAUCUGAAUAUUACAUGGUGGCAAAUCAACUCAUGCAAAGUUUUGACGAUGUAAUCCUUCAACAUGUGCCAAGGGAAUUGAAUUUUGAGGCCAACGAGAUGGCCUAG